UUCCAGAAAUGUAGUAUCUACAACUUCAGUGAAAUCUGUUGGAGUGUAACAGAUACAGACCCACGUGUAUUAGAGAAACAAGAACUUCAACAGCCAACAUAUGUUGCUCUAAGUUAUAUUAACAGAUUUAUGACCGAUGCAGCUCGACGCGAGCAGGAAUCUUUGAAGAAAAAGAUUCAGCCGAAACUCUCUCUGACUUUGUCAAGCACAGUGUCCCGUGGGAAUGUAUCUACUCCACCUCGCCACAGCAGUGGAAGCCUUACUCCCCCCGUCACCCCUCCAAUCACUCCAUCCUCUUCAUUCCGCAGUAGCACACCUACAGGCAGUGAAUAUGAUGAAGAGGAAGUAGACUAUGAGGAGUCGGACAGCGACGAGUCCUGGACUACGGAAAGUGCCAUCAGCUCCGAAGCCAUCCUCAGUUCCAUGUGCAUGAACGGCGGGGAUGAGAAACCCUUUGCCUGUCCUGUUCCUGGAUGUAAAAAAAGAUACAAGAAUGUGAACGGUAUCAAGUACCACGCCAAGAACGGCCACCGAACGCAGAUCCGCGUACGCAAACCCUUCAAAUGCCGCUGCGGGAAGAGUUACAAGACAGCUCAGGGCCUGCGGCACCACACAAUCAAUUUCCACCCCCCCGUGUCUGCCGAGAUCAUCAGGAAGAUGCAGCAAUAACAGGCUGGUCACAAACGUGCCAAGAAACCCUCACCAGCAGUUGCUGAUUUUGAGAACAGCCACCUUUUUUUCAGGGGAAGCACUCAGCAACCCUUUAAAGAAUUAAAUGCAUGCUUUAAAAAUUUUCUGUAAUUUUGGAAUGAUGUAUCUUUGUAGAGUUAAUGAUUUUGUACAUUUGCACAUGUAAUCAUCAUACCCAUUUUCAUUACUUCUUUGAGAUUAAGGUGCUAAAGAAAAAAAAAAAGAAAAAAAAAGCUAUACGUUCUUCAGAACAUUUUUCUCCAAAACAAAAACCGAGGCAGGGGGGCGUCGCGUGUCUAGUUGUACUGAAGCGGUGACGAGGAGGAGAGCUUGGCACUGACCUGAUUUCAAGAUUGUAACGUCAUGAAGACUUUCACUGCAUCUGUCAAAGUGUGUGCAAAACCAAAACGAUCCCACCCUUGUCUGACUCUCGUGAACAUGCCUUACAUAACGGAGUUAUCAGUGGGGUAGCAAGUCGCGUAGGUAAUGGAAAUAUAAAUAAGAAAGAAUGUUUAACAUAAUAUGCUAAAAAUAUUUUCAUACUUAAAUAACAUACAUAAAAAGUGUGCUUGCUGUAUUUUAUAUUAUCUUGCAAAUCUUUUUUUUUUUUUUCCCCUCUUGAAAUGCUGAAACUCUUGCCAUUUGAACUAGUAAACAAUCACUUUAGUGUUAGGAAUUAUUUUUUUUUUUACAAGAUGUCAUAUUACAUUCAUGCCCAUCAAACUUUUGAGGACCAAUAUCCCAGUCCAACUAAACAUCUCCCCCUGAACUAUCAGAAAGACACUUGGAAAAACUUAAGUGCAAAUUUGUGUGUGUGUGAGAAACAAUUCUCUUCAUCUCGGAUGAAGGUUUAAAGCACUUUGUAGUUCUCUAUUGCCAACAGAUUUAAUGUUGUAUGUGUUGCCAACUCUUGCAACUUACUGUACGAGCAUGUGCCUGUGGUUGCAAAUAAAAAU